CUUGUUCAUCUUCUUCUUAGAUAUUUCCAUCAAUUAAUGGCCUCUAAUGCUUAUUCAUAAUUCUUUUUCGUCAUCUAUCUAGUCUAGCUAACAUGACUCUUCCAAGAGCAAAUGGAAGCAGUUAUGACGUAUUUUUAAGCUUUAGAGGUGAGGAUACACGGCAUUCUUUUACUGAUCAUCUUUAUGCAGCGUUAAAGCAAGCAGGAAUUAAAACAUUUAGAGAUAGCGAUGAUUCAGAAAGAGGUGAAGAACUUAAGCAAGAAAUCCAUCGUGCGAUCAAAGCAUCUGAUGCUUCAAUUAUUGUGUUGUCGGAAAACUAUGCAACUUCAACAUGGUGUCUUGACGAGCUCUCGUUGAUCUUAGACCGCAGGAGGGACUGCCAUCAUUUUGUACUACCCAUAUUUUAUAAGGUGGAUCCGUCGGAUGUUGGUCAACAAAAAGGGACUUUCUCAAUAGAAGCUAAUUUAAAUUCUUUUUCCCGGAGAUGGACAGAUGAUAACGUGAACCGGUGGAAGGCAGCCCUUACGGAGGUCGUUGGUAUUGCUGGCAUGUGUCUUGUUGGGUCUGAAACAGAUUUUCUGAAGGAGGUUGUGGGUACCAUUUACAAUAGGCUUGAUCGCAAACAAAUUUAUAUUCCACCCAAUAUAAUAGGGAUGGAUGCUCGAGAGAAGGAGAUCAAGUCCUGGAUAAAUCAAUCCGAAUCUAAAUAUUUGGUAAUUUAUGGCAUGGCAGGGAGUGGCAAAUCAACGUUGGCCCAGUACAUUGUAUAUUUAAAUUUUCAAAGAUUUGAGAGUGUUAGUAUUGUUGAACACAUUGGUCGAAAAUGUAAAGAACCACAUGAUAUGGUUAAGUUACAAGAACAACUUUGCACAGAUAUGUUAAGGGGCAAGGAUAGAAGAAUACCUAGUGUUUGUCAAGGUACACCUACAAUUGAAGUGCUAUUGGAACAGACGAAAGCACUCAUUGUUCUUGAUGAUAUUGUCAAAGAGAGUCAAUUGGAAGAUUUACUUGGAUCUGGGAAUAUUAACAAAGAAAGCAAGAUUAUAGUAACAACUGAUAAUGAUAUAAGUAAUUGGUUCGAGUUAAAAUCCAGGAGCUGUGAAGAGUACAAAAUGAAAUUACUGAAUGAUGAAGAAUCAUUAGAGCUUUUAAGUCUUCAUGCCUUCCGAUCUAAAACCCCGAGAGAUGGUUUCAAGGAGCUCGCAAAACGGGUGGUAGAGUAUUGUGAAGGAAGUCCACUGGCUCUAGAAGUUUUGGGCUCUUCUUUGUCAAAGGAUAAUAGCAUCAGGUCUUGGGAAAGUGCUUUAAAUUUAUUUGGAAAAGAUUUUCACAGUGAUAUCUUUGGUGUACUCAAAAGAAGCUAUGAUUCGUUACCAUAUGACUCUGAAAAAGAGUUGUUUUUGCAUAUUGCUUGUUUCUUUGUUGGCAAAGACAUGGAUUACAUAGUAAAGAUAUUGGAGCCUGAAUACUCUGCAGAAUCUAAGAUCAAAACCCUUAUCAAGCGAUGUUUUCUUUAUGUUAUGCCUAACAAACAACUGAUGAUGCAUAGAUUGCUUCAAGAGAUGGGAAGAAGCUUAGUUGAUCGAGAAUCACGUAUAUUUGCAGAACGUUCUCGACUCUGGCGUAAUAAGGACUCUUAUGAUAUGCUGAGAAGAGGAAAGAGUUCUGAUCUAUUGAAAGGUCUAACACUUGACAUGCAUAUGCUGAUGGAAGAGGAUGAGUUCAAUUCCAAGCAAUUAAAAGAGUCACCACUUACUACUGAUUCACUUCAACGGAUGGAUCAACUGAAAUUGCUCCAGCUCAAUUUUGUGAAACUCACUGGAUCUUACAAGGACUCAUCACAUCGUUUAUUAUGGCUCUGCUGGUUUGGAUACAACAAAAGUAUCAUAGAUUCUGACAUAUUCAUGGGGAACAUGGUAGCUUUAGAUUUGAGCUAUAGCCGCUUGAAAGAAUUUGAACCACCCACGGUUCUUCAAUCACUAAGGAUUCUGAAUUUUAAAGAUUCGUGCUAUCUCUUAGAAAUCCGGAACAUCCAUCUGAUCCCCAAUCUUGAGGCUUUGAUUCUCUGGAACUGCCCCCGUUUGCUUCGUGUUUGUAAGACCAUUGGGAGCCUUGAGAAGCUUGCUUUGUUAAACAUGACAGGGUGUGAAAACCUGUACAAUAAGGAGCGUCUUAAUUCAUUAGUAGAGCUCAAAGCUACUACCUCUGGCGGAGAAAGUACACAAGAUCUGUCCUUUCCCUUGCCACAUUCGUUGCAGCGAUUAUUCCUCAAAAACUGUAAACUUGAGUGUACUGAUUAUUUUCCCCUGAGUUUCAGUGAUCAAUCAUCUUUGCAAUAUCUGAAUUUAGGCAAUAGUCUGUUUGAAGAACUACCUUGUUACAUUCAUCUUAAAAACCUUCGGGUCCUUGACUUAAGCCUGUGCUCAAGACUUAAAUGUCUUCUAUGUCUGCCAAGUACACUUGCAGAACUGUAUGUAUAUUAUUGUAAGUCAAUAGAGAAAAUAACAUUUGAAUCAGGUCGAUUUACAUUGCAAGAGUUUGGUUAUGAAGGAUGUAUCAAUUUGUCCGAAAUUGAAGGCUUGCUUAGAUUAGUGCUGAUAGUCAAACUUGAUGAAAUUGAUUUGGGCCAUUUGAUGUGGCUAAAAGAAUAUGAAAAUCAUGAUGUGUGCCUGGUUGGAGAUGAUGGGCUCACCAAAGACAGAAGUUGUCGUCUUCAGAUGUUGUAUGAAUUCAAUAUUAUGAGCACAUCUCUGCCAGACAUAAAGCAUCCCAACUUGACACCUGAGUAUGCAGCUCAAUACACAUGUUUAUCUUUUGAUGUGCCUUUGUGUCCUAGGAGCAGGAGUCUGAAAGGAUUAAACAUAACUUUCAGAUAUAGAAUAUCAGGUGAGGAUUGGGCAUGGUUCUGUAAAAUUAGUAUAACCAGUGUUGGUGAUUUAAUCUACAAUCCCAAAGUAUUUGGGAAACCUGCAUCUGGUGAAGUUGGGGUGUGGUUAAGCUACUGGCCUAUUGGAAACUUGUUAGACAUUGGAGAUGAAGUUGAGGUGUCGAUUGUAGUGAUGAGCGGGUUGGAGGUGCUUGAAUGUGGUGCACGUCUGGUGUACACUGAUGAUGAUGUAACAGGUGGAAUCGUGGAAAAUAAAAUGGGUUGGGUAGAAACUCUUGGAGGAGACCUUUCUAGAUUCCAACUAAUCACAGGAGCAUAUUAUCUUUGUCGACGUGAUUUCUUCGAGCAAACGGAGGUUGGCAGACUUACGCCUGGUUGGUUUAGUAUCUUAGUUGGUGAUUAUAUCGACUCUACAGAGGUACGGGGAUGGAGGAUGACUGGGCGACCUCAACAAUUGUAUCAAUCAUUUACAGAACUGAAAAGCAUUAGCUGCAUCAUGUAUGGUCCUGAAAUGGAGAAAAUAUACAAGAUUACAGAGAUGUCUGAAUCAUCUUUUGUCGACGAAACCGCAAUGGCCAAAUCAACUAUACUUAGGGACACCAUGGAAUCAGGAACAAGAUCUGAAAUUUGUGAUUCAGAAACUAAGCUCAUGGACAUCUCUAAAGCACAUAUCAUUGAUAAAUCUUUGGAGAUGAAAUCAAGCUCACUAGAUGAGGAAAUUCAAUCUGCCACAUCUGAAUUUAGUACAUUGAAAGCAGAGAUCCUGACGACUUCCACUUAUUCAUGUAGUAUCACCGCUUCUCCUGAGGGUAAUGCUACACUGUAUGACAUUUUCCUGAGCUUUAGCAUCAAGGAUAUUCAUGAUAGCACUUUGAUGGAUCAUCUCUAUGACACGUUAGUGGGAGCACAAUUUAUCACUUUUAGGGAUUAUGAAGUUAACAAAGGUGAACUGACACCGGAAAUAGAGAGUGUAAUAAAGAAAUCUAGGUCAUCAAUUGUUGUAUUGUCAAAGAACUAUUUAACUUCCCCUUGCUGCCUUGACGAGCUUCAGUUGAUUAUUGAGCAAAUGAGAGAGCGCAAUCACUAUGUUUUACCCAUUUUUUUCCACAUCGAGCCCUCGUAUGUUAGAAAACAAAGUGAAACUCUCGAGGCACAACUAAAUUUAUCUCCAAGGUUUACUGAUGUUAGUGUGAAUGUGUGGAAGACAGCCCUUACAAAGGUUGCUGAUUUGGCCGGAUUAGUACUUUCUAGUGACAGGUCUGAAACAGAAUUUCUGGAGGUUGUUGUUGAUACCAUUUAUAAUACACUUGAUCGGGGACAACUUUUUCUUUCUCCCAAUUUAAUGGGUAUAGAUGCUCAAGUGAAAGAAAUACUUUCUCGGUUAAUGCAAUCUGAUGAAGAAUUCAUAGUAAUUUGUGGCAUGGGAGGAAGUGGCAAGUCGAUGUUGGCUAAGUACAUCAUCCAUUCUAAUUGGCAGAGUUUCCAAAGUAUUAGUUUCAUCGAAGACAUUGGUAGCAGAUGCAAAGACCCAUUUGAUUUGCUUGAAUUACGAAAACAACUUUGCAGGGAUAUUUUAGGAGGCAAGAACAGAAAAAUAUCCAGUGUAUACCAUCUUCGUAAAAUUGAAGAGGUCUUAGAAACCCGAAAGGCACUUGUUGUUCUUGAUGACAUUGUUGAACCUAAGCAUUUAGAAACUUUAAUUGGAACUGGUAAUAUCAAUAAGCAGAGCAAGAUUGUAAUAACUACCAGGGAGAAUAGUAUAUGUAAAUGGAUCGAAUCCAUGUCGUGGAGGUGUCAAGAGUACAAAAUAAAAUUACUGAGUGAUAGUGUUUCAUUAGAGCUUUUAAGUCAUCAUGCCUUUAGAUCCAAACUUCCAUUGGAUGGUUACGAGAAGCUUGCAAAUCAGAUAGUAGACUAUUGUGAAGGAAAUCCACUGGCUCUGAAAGUGUUGGGUUGCUCUCUGUCAGGUCAUAGCAUUUCACACUGGGAAAAUACAUUGGAUUCAUGGAAAAGAGCGAUUCAUUCUGGAAUUCAAGAUGUGCUCGUAAGGAGCUAUAACUCACUGCCAUAUGAUUCUGUGAAAGACCUGUUUUUGCAUAUUGCUUGUUUCUUUAUUGGCCAAGAUGUGGAUUAUGUGGUAAAGAUAUUAGAGCAUGAUUAUUCUGCUGUAUCUGGGUUCAACAUACUAAUCAACAAACACCUUCUUUCUGUUUCGCUAAACAAAAAACUGAGGAUGCACCGAUUGCAUCAAGAAAUGGGGAGAAACAUAGUCUAUCAAGAAUCACCUGAAGACCCUUCAAAACGUAGUAGAGUUUGGCGUGAUAUUGAAUCCUAUGAUCUUCUGAGAAAACAAAUGGGUUCAAAAACAAUAGAAGGUCUAGCAUUCGAUAUGACAAAGCUGAGCCAAGAAGAUGCACGGAUUGCAUUUAAGUCGUCAGAGUUUAGAACAGAUUCACUUGAACAGAUGGAUAACCUAAGAUUUCUUCGGCUAAAUUGCGUGGAACUCGUUGGAUCCUACAAGAACUUCUCAAAAGAAUUACGAUGGCUGUGUUGGAUUGGAUUCCAUUUAAGGGCUAUACCCUCUGAGUUAUACAUGGGAAACAUGGUGGCAUUAGAUAUGAGCUAUAGUAAAUUGGUAGUAUUUGAACCUCCCAUGGUUCUUCGAUCAUUGCAGAUUCUAAAUCUCAAAGACUCGCACAAUCUAUUAGAAAUCAGCGACAUCUAUCUGAUCCCUAAUCUUGAGACUUUGAUUCUCAGGAACUGUCACCGUCUAAUUCAUGUUUGUGAAACCCUUGGAGAUCUAAACAAUCUUUCUUUAUUAAACAUGACAGGAUGUGUAAGCCUAUGGGACGUUUCUUUACCACGCUCACUAGAAAGAGUAUUUCUCAAGGACUGCAAUCUUGAAUCCACAGAUUACGGUUCCCUUAGUUUCAGUGAUCAAUCAUUUUUGACAUACUUGAAUUUAGCAAAUAAUCUAUUUGAACUCCUGCCUCGCUACAGUCAUCUUACAUAUCUUCGCGUCCUUGACUUGACUUUGUGCUCAAGACUUAAACGGCUUCUAUCUCUUCCAAGUACACUUGCAGAGUUGUAUGUAAAUUACUGUGAGUCGCUAGAGAAAGUAACUUUUGAAUCACAACGAUUCACAUUGCAAAAGUUUGGCUAUGAAGGUUGUAUUAGUUUAUCAGAAAUUGAAGACUUUAUCAAAUUGGUUCCAGUAGUUAAAUUAGAUGAAACAGACUUAGGACACAUGAAGUGGCUCAAAGAAUAUCAAAAUCAUGAGGUGUGUCUGAUUGGUGUUGCAGAGCUUACCAACAAAAAAAACCAGUGUCUCCAGGUGUUGUACGAAUUCGGUAUACUGAGUACAUCUCUGCCUGAGAUAAAGGAUCCGAACAUGAUGCCCGACUAUGUAUCUGAGUCACCGUCUUUGUCAUUUAGUGUGCCUUCAUGUCCCGGUAAUAAGAGGAUCAAAGGAUUAAAUGUAUCUUUCAAGUAUACAAUAUCCGGUGAUGAUUGUGCAUGGUUUGCUAAAAUCAGUACAAACAAUGGUGUUGAUUUGAUGUACAACCCUAAAGUGUUUGGCAAACCUGGAUUUAGAGAAGUUGGCAUAUGGUUAAGCUAUUGGCCUAUGAAAACAUUAGACAUUGGAGAUAUUGUUAGUGUCUCUAUUGUUGUGAUGAGCGGGUUGGAUGUAAUUGAGUGUGGUGCGACCCUUGUGUACACUGAUGAUUUAGCAGACGAGACUUUGGAAAAUAGGCUGGGAUGGGUAGAAACUGUUGGUGGUGAUUUGUCUGAGUUUCAACUAAGCUCAGGAGCUUACUAUCUUUGCCGCCAGGAUUUCUUUGAGCUAGUGGAAGUUGGAAUAUUGACCUCUGAUUGGUUCAAACUCUUAGUUGCUGACAAAGUUAAUGAUACAGAGGUACAAGGAUGGACGAUGACCGGUCGACCUAAGAAGACAAGUCCACCUUUUACAGAGUUAGGAUGACAAAUUCACGAUCAAUACAUUGUCUAUGGUAUGAUCAACGAAUUCAUGGGUGAUUUGGUGGAUGCUUGAAUUUAAUUUUCGGGCAAGCAAAUGCUGAGAAUAUAUUUCUUUUACAAUUAUGUUACCCCAAUCGAUAAAGAUAAAGGGAGAAGUAUAUGUUUUAUAGAAGGGUUGUAAAGUCUUAUUUUGUAGAGGUGAGAUCAGGUCUUGCCGGCCAUACCUGAAACCGGAAAGGAACAAAAUUGAAACCUGUGGACCAUACUGGAAGGCACCUGGGUCGAUUCGGGCCCAGGCUAACCAGUUUGGCCCGAAAAUAUACUGGGUUGAGCACGAAAAGACCUGAGACUACUAAAAACUGAAAUCCAACUUGAUUGUAUUGUAAUUUGUAGGUAGUGAGUCUUGUAGAUAUAGAGGAAGACAAAUUGAAACCCACUUUAUUGGCUUUGAUUUAUAUGGUGUACUUUUUAGAGGUGAUUUUUCUAUGGAAGUCUCUUUUAUCUUA